AUGCGCCGGGCGCUGCCGCCGCUCCGCGCCCUGCUCGGGGCCGCCCGCCCGGCGCGGCUCCCGGCGCCCCGGCACAGCUGCGGCCCCGCGGCCGAGCGGAGCGGGCACAGCGCGCUCAGCGUGCUGCCAUCCUUUGGAUUUCUCUUUGACAUUGAUGGGGUGCUGGUCCGAGGGAAGACCCCCAUUCCUGCUGCCAGAACAGCCUUUCGAAAGCUGGUGAAUUCUCAGGGACAGUUCCUGGUGCCCGUGGUCUUUGUCACCAAUGCGGGGAACUGCCUGCGCCAGGAAAAAGCUGACCAGUUGUCUCACCUGCUGGGAGUUCCAAUUUCACAAGAUCAAGUGAUGAUGUCCCACAGUCCUCUGCGGAUGUUCAAGCGUUAUCAUGAAAAAUGUGUUCUGGUAUCUGGACAAGGACCACUUCUUGAUAUUGCUCAAGACCUUGGUUUCUGCCAGCCCAUCACCAUUGACACCCUGCGGGAGAAACGCCCUCUGCUCGAUGCAGUUGACCAUGACAGGAGACCCAGCAUCCUGUCCCCCUCUGCUGUGGAGCUUCCCAAGAUUGAGGCUGUGGUGCUGUUUGGGGAGCCAGUCAGAUGGGAAACCAGCCUGCAGCUGAUAAUAGAUGUUCUGCUGACAAGUGGCUAUCCUGGAAAUCCCUAUGAGCAGGAAAACUACCCUCACAUUCCUGUGCUUGCCUGUAACAUGGACCUGAUGUGGGUGGCUGAGGCACAGUCCCCAAGGUUUGGGCAUGGAACAUUCAUGGUUUGUUUGGAGAACAUUUAUAAGAAGAUCACUGGCAAAGAGCUGAAGUACGAGGCGUUGAUGGGCAAACCCAGCAGGCUGACAUACCAGUAUGCAGAGCACCUGAUCCGAGCCCAGGCCCUGCAGAGGAGCUGGGAGCAGCCCAUCCAGACCCUCUAUGCUGUGGGGGACAAUCUCAUGACGGAUGUCUACGGUGCUAACCUCUACAACCGCUACCUGGAGGAGAGCUCCAGCAAAGGCUCCAAAGCCCGCAUCCAGGCCAAGCUUGCUGGUGGCAGAGGUCCUGCCACGCUCCCUCAGGACGAUGAGAUAGGCCUCAGGUGGGAGAAGGAGCUGGCAUCUGCGGCUGCUGCCCACUGCAGGUCUGUCCUGGUCUGUACUGGGGUGUACAACCCCCACACCGAGGUGCCCCUGGACACCAGGGACAGCAUAGCUGAGACCGUGUUCCACGGCCACAGGGAUUUCAGGUUCGACCCUGGCCUAGUGGAGCCAGACCAUAUUGUGCCAGAUGUGGAUGCUGCUGUAGACCUGGUCUUCCAACUGGAGAACUUUGCACCUAAUUGAGGUGACAUGGUUUCUUAAGGACCACUCAGUGCUGUGCUUUUCUUCCCCAAAACACACUGUGCUUUACAAGAGUGCCACAAACCUCUGCCUUCUAAAUUUUUUUAACCUCUAAAUGAAUACAGUCUUCAUUAAGUAUGCUUAUUAGUAGUACAUGUACACAUUACUGUGUUCAAGUAUAUUAAAUAUCAAUAAUGCUUUCUAUAGUGCUUCUAAAUACGUAAUUUCUGGCUUGACUUGCCCUUUAUUGUCUUCCUCUUUGUUACAUUAGGUAUUCUAAUAGCAAUAUUUCAUGGCAGCCUAUUCAUGUACUGGUACUUAAAUCCCUCCAUGACAGUACCUUCUUUGGUUUGCUGGAACAUUUAGCUUUUAGGUGUUGGGGAUCUUGAGAAUCUGAGAUUGUGGUGCUGGGGUCACUCAGUCCAUUCCAGAUGGGCUGGUACAGAGCACAACAUGUAUUAGUGCUUGGCAUUUUGCAAGUACUGCAUGCUCUCUUCAACCAGAGUGGAGUUCAAUCUGUUCCACUUUGGACUUGCUCUCCUGUAACCUGCUGCUGUCUCUCUCUGUGUCUGUUUUCCCAUGUCCCUGGAGUUUUAUUGCUCCUCUCUGCUGUGACGUGUGAAGCCUUAACAGAAGUGCCCCUUCUGUGGGGUGGGCAAGGUUGAGUUGUUCCCACUGUGCUGGAACUCCAACCACACUGAGCACAGGCCUAGAAGGAGAGCAGCAGACCUGGGUGCCCUCUGUGGCCUUUUGCUCUUUGCCUUUCUAUCUGCACUUUUUUUCUUUUUUUUUAGGAAUUUAGAACCUUAGAAAGCUUUAGCAAUUUUGUUUCAGGUGUUUCUGUAAGUUGGACUUUACCACUGAAUGAAUCAGUGACUACUGCUCGGCCAAAAAGUGCCUCAUAAUUUACUUGAAGUCUCAUACCACUGUGGUAGUUAACUGGCCUUUAGUGUAAUAUAUUUCAUCUCAUGUCAAUGUUAUGUGUUGUUUGGUUCAUGGAUUUUAUAGAUGUUCAUUUAAAAAAAAAAAAAAAGUAAUUUAUUUUAUGUUAUUUUUGUAAAAUAUUUCUCAAGUUUUCCUCCCAAAGAUGUCUUUGAAAAUAUUUCUGUGUUAAUUUGUUGUAACACAGUGUAUGUUGUACUUGUGACAUAAGCUUGGAAAACAUAACCCAAUCAAUUGCUUUAAAACCAAAGUCAGCUUACACACAAAGAUCAAUUCACAUUAGGGGCUAGUCAGGUUUUUUGGGUUGGGUUUUUUUUAGUUAGUUAGGUUUUUUUUUUCCAAAUUCAAAUUGUACAAACAAAAGCCUGGGUGUUCAUUUCUCCCAGGUUCUUGCAGGGCUGGCUGAAAGCAUUGACAGACAUGGUGGCAUGGAGUGAAACGACCUCCUGGCCAAAUCCUUCACUGCUCAUGAUCCCAGCAGCAACCUCUGAGAGCUCACAGCUGCUGUGAAGUCAGAUUUUGUUGUUGUGUUUCCUCUGUUUGCAAAGCACUGUAAUCCCCUCUCCACUGUCAGGACUGUUGAUUCAUCUCCUGUAAUGUCUCCUAAGCAGCUUUCAACGUGUCUCGCUGGAUCCAGUGUAAGGACACUGCUCUCAACAGUUUAUUUCCUGUUUCUUCACUGGAAAAGUAUUUACAGCAGCACAUUCUUGCCUUUUUAUUGGUACAAUAAACAGAUCUACCUAUUUCUUUAGCACUUUUCUGUAGUAUACCAAGUAUUUGCACAGAAUGCCAAAUCUAAGUAAAGAUUGUGAUUUUGUAAGGCCAGGAUGAUUUGAAGUCACGUUGUUUCAGUCCUAAAGCAUGUUGCAGCACUCUCUAACUUCACCAGAAUCGGUGAAGCAAGGAAUAAAAAUGUUGGAAGUUGCUGAAGAACAGAAAA